UGCUAUUCUUCUCCCCGCGGCAUUUCUUCGUUGCUGCUUCACUUCGCCUGAAGUAGCGUUUCGUCGCUUCUCCUCCUCCUCGCGGCCAUUUCUUCGUCGCUUCUUCGUCCCGGUCGACGACGUCGGAUUGGAAGUCACAAAGGGAUCUCGCCCGCUGUGAAGGUGCUCAAGCCCUCCACUGUGUCACAAUGCAUCCUCCUCUAACACUGCAUCGGCAUCCAAUGUGUGUUGAAAUCAUCGAGCUAUUCCAAAAAUGUCACCAGGACCAUCCAAUUGGAAAAUUUUUUGGAGAGUGCACUGAUCUCAAGUUGAAGCUUGACCGCUGUUUCAGGGAAGAAAAAGCUUUGAGGAGAAAGGCUAAUUUUGAAGAAAGUAAAAAAUUCAAGGAAAGAUUGAAGGCAUACAGGAAAGAGAUGUCUGAGAACAGUUCAGAAGAAUAAUGCAAAUUAUUUCUUAGAAAUUCAAUCAACAUCUACUACUGAGUAGCUUUCUCAGCAAUAAAGGACGCUUUGUCUGCUCAAUAUGUCAUAAGAACGGCAGUAGUUGCAUAACCCCAACUUCGUCAACCCGUCAGUAGGGACUGUAGGAAGAACGAAAGCUAAUUUGACUCGACCAGUUCAAGUGAUCAUAGUCUUCCAUCCACACUUACACUCAAAGAUAUCGUUUGUUUAUUUUAUAUUGCUUGAUUGAGCUGUAUUUUAAUCAUUUAUGUUCUUAUAUACUUUCACUUAUUUAUAUUGUAAAAUGGCAGAAGAAGAGUUCCUCAUU